AUGGCGCAGUCUUCGUUGAAGCAAGUGAUCAACUUCGGAGCUGGACCGGCCAAGAUCCCCAAACAGGUCCUAGAACAGGUUAAAGAUGAACUCUUGGAUUGUGGUUGCGGUAUUAGCGUUAUGGAACUCAGUCACCGGUCAUCCGAGUACACAGCCAUCAACAACCGAGCUAUUGACUUGUACAGAGAACUACUUGACAUCCCAGAAAACUAUAAAAUAUUAUUGAUGCAAGGAGGAGGAACCGGUGCUUUUGCUUCAGUAGCGUUGAACUUAUUGCACAGAGGUGCAAAAGCUGACUACAUUUUGACAGGCGUUUGGUCCACUAAAGCUGCUAAAGAAGCGUCUAAAUACUUAAAAGUAAAUCAUGUGUUUCCAAAACCGGAGAAAUUUAAUGGUAUUCCCGAUCAAUCUACAUGGAAACUAGACCCAGAAGCUGCAUACGUGUAUUAUUGUGAUAAUGAAACCGUGAACGGAGUUGAAUUUCCUUUCAUUCCCGAGACAAAUGGUGUACCAUUGGUAUGUGACAUGUCAUCCAACAUUAUGACGAAGGUAUUUGACGUGACCAAGUUUGGUGUGGUGAUAGCUUGUGCGCAGAAAAACCUCGGUCCCGCGGGUAUAACUGCAAUUAUUAUACGUGAAGACCUUCUAGGAAAACCGAGCCCGCUUUGCCCACAAGUUUUCGACUACACAUUGUUCACUCAAGAAAAUUCAUUGCUUAACACACCUCCAACAUUUAUAGUUUAUAUUUUUUCGCUCGUAUUACAAUGGGUGAAAAAUCAAGGAGGACUUGUUGCUAUGGAAGCUAACUCAAAGGCAAAAAGCGAACUUUUAUACAAUGUCAUAGAAAACUCUCGAGGCUUUUAUUCAUGUCCGGUGGCUAAGGACUCCAGAAGCCGCAUAACCGUUCCGUUCUGCCUUGGUGCAGGAGCUGAGGCUGACAAGCAGUUUCUAAAAGAAGCACAAGACUUAGGGUUUUUACAGCUUAAAGGACACAGAUUGGUGGGAGGUGUUCGAGCAGCCAUGUAUAAUGCCAUGACUUUAGACGAAGUAACAAUUCUAGUUGAAUUUAUGACUAAGUUCCAUGAACGAAAUCCACAAUAUUCCGCUUAA